AGCAACACAGCAGUGACUGCAUUUCCCAUAAGGCGUGACGGUUACGUCAUAACUCUGCGCAGAGGUGAGGUGGCGUUUGAGAGGAGGUUGUUUCCCAGCUUCUCACCUGAAAUCCUCGCGGCAGUUCUCAUCAUGACAAAACUUGUGGAGUGGCUGUUCGGUGUGUCGGUGGUGGUCGCAGCCUGGGCUUUGGUCUCUUUCGACCUGUUGGACCUGAGCCUGCCGCAGACUUACAGAGAGGUCGCCUGGCCGAUGCCUCUGUACCUGCUGGUUUCAUUUGGCUGCUACUCGCUGGCCACGGUGGGAUACAGGGUGGCCACCUUUAAUGACUGCGACGAGGCGGCAAAAGAGCUGCAGGGGCAGAUAAAAGAAGCCAAAGAGGACUUAAGGAAAAAGGGAUUAAAGAUGUAGAAUUUGAGAUGGACUAAUGGAGGAACUUUUGAGAGACCGAAAGGGACGCACGGACAACUUUCACAUACAACCUGUCUGACUCCCUCUUUUUUUGUUUCCAGCAGACAUGAUCUGAACAUCAGUUAUGACUCUUAAUGCAGCAUAGUUUGUUUUGUGUUAUUUAGUGUCAUCGCUUUCAAAUAAGACCUAGAUCAAAUGUGCUUUAGGAAAUUAGAAAUUCAGGGUUACUCAUAAGUGACAACACAGCAGUUUGACUUUUUUUUUUAAUUAUUAUUAUUCUCAUCAUUUAAAGACCUCUUUUAUGAAGUAACUGAAUGAUAUUUAACACUAGUUUCAGUUUGAAUCAUUUUGUAACUGGUGGUUACACACCUCAAACCAGAUAAAAGAAAGGAGCUAAACCGUGAACAAACAUGGUGCUGUCUUUGGAUGCAAACGGCACACAAUUAAAUCCCCCUGAGAACUACUGCUCUGCAAAAUUAUCAUCUGUAACAAGUUGCAGAUCACUGAAAUGUCAUCAAAUGAAACCAAAGGGUCACACUGGAACAAUCUCACUAAAGACUGUUACCACUAGGAAUUCUCAGAUGCUUUCGAUCUGUGUCAAAUCCAAAAUAGUAGUACACAGUGUGGACCUUGUUGUGUGUGUCUGGAGAGUGUUGCUUGUCUGUAUAGAUGGACUAGAUUUUAUCUGUAAAGAAAUGUACAUUCCAUUGUCCAAUUUCAGACUUGUGCCCUUGGGCUAUUGCUGGAACUUAAUUAAAUUGGAGUCUAUUUUUCUUCAGUU